AUGGAUUUCAUAGUCGAGUACGCGUCGAGCUGUCGGGCCAACUGCCGCGUGUGUUGGAACAAGAUCCCCAAGGCCGAGCUGCGCAUGGGCAAGCUGUCGUUCUCGCGCAAGUUCGAUGGCACGAUCUGCGAGUGGCACCACCUCAACUGCUUCCUCAAGCGCUACACUGUCGAAGCUGCCGAGGCGCCCUCCAUCAAAGGUCUGGACGACAUCCGCUGGGAGGACAAGGAGAAGCUGCUCAACACGUUCGGCGCCUCGCCCAGCAGGAAGAGGAAGAGAGAGGCGGAGAAGGCGGUUGGAGGCGAUGACGACGACGAAGACGAGGCCGAAGCGGAAGAGGGCGACGAGUCGGAGCCGCGGGACAACUUCGUGGAGGCAGGCGACGAGGAGGACGAGGCGAUGAAGCUGCAGAACAAGAAGCUGUGGGCGCUCAAGGACGAGCUGCGCAAGAACUGCACGCGCGACGAGCUCAAGGAGCUGCUCGAGUUCAACAGCCAGCAGGCCAAGGGCGGCAAGAUGCGCCUGCUCGACCGCUGCGCCGAGUGCAUGCUCUUCGGGGCCAUGCCCCUGUGUCCCGAGUGCAAGACGGGCGUCAUCGUGCCGUGGAAGGGCGUGUUCCGGUGCACGGGCUUUGCCACGGCGUGGAGCAAGUGCACAUUCACCAAGGAGAGCAUCGAUCGCCUGGAGUGGAAGAUUCCCGACAGCACCAAGAACGAGUAUCUCAAAAACUUCAAGUUCACCAUGGAGAAGCAGGUGGUCAAGAAGGUGGCAGAGCCGGAGAAGAAGGAGAGGAAGAAGCGUACGUCGACGGCGCCCAGCCCGAAGAAGGCCAAGACGGUGAAGAUGGUGGUCAAAGGCAACUCAGCCAUUGACCCGAAGACCGGGCUCAGUGAGACCGGACGCAUCUACGAGGAGAAGGACGGCACCAAGUACAACGUUGUGCUCAACAUGAGCGAUGUGGUGACGGGAGCCAACGCGUACUACAAUCUGCAGGUCAUCGAGGACGAGAAGGCAGAGACGUGGCACUUGUGGCGCAAGUGGGGCCGCGUGGGCACGUGGGUGGGUUCGUCGAAGCUAGACAAGUGCGCCACCGCGCGCAAGGCCGUGGAGCUCUUCGAGCGGGUCUACCUGGACAAGACCGGCAACCGAUGGGCCGACCGGGACGAGUUCGAGAAGCAGCCGGGCAAGUACUACCCGGUCGACAUCGACUACGGGAUCGACGAGAGCAGUCUCAAGGCCAAGGCCGUCGAUCCCAACAAGCCUUCGCAGCUGCAGGACAAUCGAAUCAAGGAUCUGUUGGGUCUCAUCUUCAACAUGGAGAACAUGGAGAAGACGAUGGCGGAAAUGGAGAUCGACAUCAACAAGAUGCCGCUCGGUCGCCUUUCCGAGGCGACGAUCAAGCGGGGCUACACGGUGCUCAGCAAGAUCCAGGAGGUGCUCGACGACACAGAAUUGGAGGAGGCGCAACGCAAGAACAGCCUGAUCGAGCUGAGCAACCAAUUCUACACCAUCGUGCCGCACGCCUUUGGACUGUCGCGACCGACGAUCAUCGACCACCGGAAGCUGGUCAAGAACAAAAUUGAAAUGCUGAACACACUGUCGGAGAUGCAGCUCGCCAUCAAACUUCUGCGCGAGGGCGAGGACACGGACGAUGUGUUGUGGGCCAACUACCAGAAGCUCAAAACCAACAUUGUGCCCGUUGCACCCGAGGAGAAGGAGUUCAAGAUGGUGAGCAAGUACCUGCGACAGACCCACGCUCCAUCGCACUCGCAGUACUCCCUCGAGCUCCUGGAUCUGUUCAAGAUCGACCGCGAGGGCGAAAUGGCACGCUACGAGAAGUGGGCCAAGCUUCACAACCGCAUGCUCCUGUGGCAUGGUUCGCGAUUGACCAACUGGGCCGGAAUCCUGUCGCAAGGCCUGCGCAUCGCGCCGCCCGAGGCUCCUUCGACUGGCUACAUGUUUGGCAAGGGAGUCUACUUUGCGGACAUGGCGAGCAAGUCGGCCAACUACUGCUUCACAUCGCGCGAGAACAAUGUGGGCAUCAUGACCCUCUCCGAGGUGGCGCUGGGCGACAUGUACCAGCUGCUCCACUCCAAGUACAUGGACAAGCCGCCGGCGGGCUACCACUCGACCAAGGGCUGCGGUCAAACCGAGCCCGAUCCGAGUACCGCAGUGCUCACCAAGGAAGGCGUCAAGGUGCCGUGUGGAGAGCCGAGCAAGAGCGGAGCCGUCGGGUCAAGCCUGCUAUACAACGAGUACAUCGUGUACGACGUGGGCCAGAUCAACAUCAAGUACCUCCUCAAGGUCAAGUUCAGCUACAAGUGA